GCGGUGAUGUUUCCCUUCUGCGGCUGAUCACUUACAAUCUGACAACACUCCCCAUCUACUCAGAGCAAGUCCGGCUCUCUCCCGCGGUGAAGUCCUGCCCUAGACCAUCAGGCUCGGUUGCUGGAGCUCACCCUGCCUGCAGGACCACAUUGCAAGGCUUAGACUUUUCCGCACUUCAUCUGGGGUGGGAAACUCUCUCCUGUGGGAUCUCAGAAAAUCCAAUUCCCUUCUGAGACCGUUUCCCACAGAAUUUCCUUAGGAGCUGUGCUGGGGCCCUAUGAUGUUACACCAACAACUUGUGCUACCAACUGUCAAAACUUUGGAUGGUCUAACACUCAGGUCAUGACCCUUGUAAUUAAGAAGUUCUUGAAGACAAUGUUAAAUAUGAUCCAGGAGAAAAUGUGAUUUGAGUCUGGAGACAAUUGUGCAUUUUGAACACACAACACAUUUCAUUUGAACACUAAUGAUGGAGAAAAAGCAUAUGCUGUAUUUUCUGUUUCUCUUGCCUUUUAAUAUGACUCUCGUUACAGCGGAGCCAGAAGAAGAAAGCCUGUUUGGCUUUAACCAAACAGAGCUGGGAGUCACUAGAAACAAGAUCAUGACGGCUCAAUACGAAUGUUACCAAAAGAUUAUGCAAGAUCCUAUUCAACAGGCUGAAGGCCUUUACUGCAACAGAACCUGGGAUGGAUGGCUAUGCUGGAAUGACGUUGCAGCGGGAACUGAAUCAAUGCAGUAUUGCCCUGAUUACUUUCAGGACUUUGAUCCUUCAGAAAAGGUUACAAAGAUCUGUGACCAAGAUGGAAACUGGUUUAGACAUCCGGAUAGUAACAGAACAUGGACAAAUUACACUCUGUGUAAUAACAGCACACAUGAAAAAGUGAAGACUGCACUGAAUUUAUUCUACCUAACUAUAAUUGGACAUGGAUUAUCUAUUGCAUCCCUGCUCAUAUCUCUCAUCAUAUUUUUUUAUUUCAAGAGCCUGAGUUGCCAACGGAUCACCUUGCAUAAAAAUCUGUUCUUUUCAUUUGUUUGUAAUUCGAUUGUAACAAUCAUUCACCUCACUGCUGUGGCUAAUAACCAGCCCUUAGUGGCCACAAAUCCUGUGAGCUGCAAAGUGUCUCAGUUCAUUCAUCUUUACCUGAUGGGCUGUAACUACUUCUGGAUGCUCUGUGAAGGCAUUUACCUGCACACACUCAUUGUGGUGGCCGUGUUUGCAGAGAAGCAGCACUUGAUGUGGUAUUAUUUUCUUGGCUGGGGGUUUCCGCUGCUUCCUGCCUGCAUCCAUGCCAUUGCCAGAAGCUUGUAUUACAACGACAAUUGCUGGAUCAGCUCCGAUACCCAUCUCCUCUACAUUAUCCAUGGUCCGAUUUGUGCUGCUUUACUGGUAAACCUCUUUUUCCUAUUAAAUAUUGUGCGCGUUCUCAUCACCAAGUUGAAAGUUACUCACCAAGCGGAGUCCAAUCUUUACAUGAAAGCUGUGAGAGCUACCCUCAUCUUGGUGCCACUCCUGGGCAUUGAAUUUGUGCUUUUUCCGUGGCGGCCUGAAGGGAGGGUUGCCGAGGAGGUGUAUGACUAUGUCAUGCACAUCCUGAUGCACUAUCAGGGUCUUUUGGUGUCUACAAUUUUCUGCUUUUUUAAUGGAGAGGUUCAAGCAAUUCUGAGAAGAAAUUGGAACCAAUAUAAGAUCCAAUUUGGAAAUGGCUUUUCCCACUCUGAUGCUCUCCGCAGUGCAUCCUACACAGUGUCAACAAUCAGUGAUGUCCCAGGGUACAGUCACGACUGUCCCACUGAACACUUAAAUGGAAAAAGCAUCCAGGAUAUUGAAAGUGUUGCCUUAAAACCAGAAAAAAUGUAUGAUCUAGUCAUGUGAAAAUAGAGAGCUCUCACCUGUUUCGUGCCACUUGAACCUAUGGUUUUAAAGCCAGAAGAUUUAAUAGUAAAUGAAUUUCUUGAAUGCCACAAAGAAAGUCCUCAAGUGAAAUGAGACUUGUGUUGAUAAAUUUAACAACCCUCUCUCUAUGGGGGGGAAAAGCCUCAACUGAUGAUGUUGGCCAGUAAAUACUCCCACUGUGACUGAUUUCAAGUUACCAACCUGACGUCACUGAAUGUGGAAUUGGAAAGAAGAUAAGCACAAUCAACUCUGACAUGCCUCGGAACCCACACAACACAGCGGCACUCAACCCGUGGGUGACUGUGCACCUUCACACCCACACCAGCCAGAGCUCUGCUCUUUCCACCUGAGGAAACCUCACUCAAUCUUUCAGACAUGAGAAGACAUUUUGAUUUUUUGUUUGUUGUAAAUCUCUUUGUCCUGUUGUCAUUUGGUGGCAGUGAACAGUUUGCCCAGAAAAGACUCCAACCCUCUUUAGAAUGCCUCCAAUGGACUGUCAUCUCAUAUUCUUUAAGAAAAGCGACUGAGCAGAAUUCCUAUGGGUUUCUCAGUUGCUGCCACAUAUGGUUGUAUCCUGUGGCAAUCCGUUUUGACACUUGGUGAGCAAAUUCUACAGUUUGCAAUCAUUUUCUGAAUCACUAGGGAAAUACAUCGGUGGAAGCUGCAAACACUUUGCCAGCUACUUAAAAAAAAAUCUUAUUGCAGGCAUAGGAGGAAAUCAGUUUUCCUGAAUCUGUAAAUAGAAACUCUGGCCUUGCCUUUCCAUUUCUACUGUGUAGACAAGUGAUCAAUCAUUUUACAUGAAGAGAAUCAAUGAAGGAUUUCUUUUUAUCUUCUAAACCUGAGAGAGAGAGAGAGAGAGAGAGAGAGAGAGAGAGAGAGAGAGAGAGAGGAGAUUGCUGUGAAAAUGAACCUGUAAAUACUCUGCCAUUUUAUUUUAUUGUUUCAGUUCAAAACACAAGCUAGGUAACAUUUAAAGCAGAUAGAUAAUGUAGCAUCAUAUGCAACUUAGUAGCUGAUACUGUAUCUGGGCUGAUUCUAUGGUGAAAUAGAGUCCUGAAUUCUAUAUUUGGUAAAUAUUUUAAGGACAACCAGAUACCAGCAUCAGUAGUUUCAGAACCAAGAACAAACCCUAGAAAUAGCAGUGAUAAGAUAUGAAAUAUUUAUUUAAAAAUGCAAAGCCAUAAUUUCACAAACACAUUAUCUUUGGUGUGCUGACAUAUUUCUUCUUUGAUGUUGGUGACAACUCACUGAAAUCAGGAAAUUUUUAACAACUACAGCAAGAAAAGCUAGUCUGCUACAUGUGUAGACUUUAAUUCACUAAAAUGUAACUUUACUAUUACUAGAUGAAGACAUAUGGUUUUGAAAAAGACCCAGGUUAUCUUUUAAAUGAACCAUAGAGGAAUUUUAUCUAUAUAAUAUACUGUUUCAGUAUUUCAGUAAACUACUAUGGUGAUAAUCCAAGUCAGGGAAAGCCUUGAACUUAUUGAGGAAGAACUGUCAGGUAUUUAGAUAAGAAUUAAAUUAAGACAGAAGAAAGCUUUGUUCAUGAGGUAAAGCGACAUCUAAAUGGAUUUAAUUUUUCUAAUAUUACUUUGUUCUGGGCUUUCUGAAGAACAAGAUUGACUUGAGUUAGUACAAGUCAGUUUGGCGAAAGUCAUAUAUGUGUGUUUUGAAGUAUGUUAGUCAGGUUACAAUGGAUGAAAGUAAGGAUUUAGUCAUCACUAAUAGUGUCUUAUGCUGCAAUAGUUGUUUAAAAUCAUCAAGGAAAAUAAUUCAAAUUAUCAAGAACUGACAUGUUAGAUGAUCUGUUAUACAGAUUUGUAAUUUACCUAUACAGGAAACGGUGUUACUAAAGUAGUUUCAAUUUUGUGGAUUUCAUAGCAAGCCAGCAUUAAGAAGGAAUGCAGAUUGUUCUGAACUUUCAGUUGCCAAAACUGUAUAAAACUUCCUCUUACUACAUUCAAAUGUUAGCUAUUUAUUAUUCAGAGGCCUAGAUUCAUAUUUUUGCUGACAGUGUUCACGUAGUUCUGCAUUCUUCCAGUCAAGUAUUAACGAUAAACGAUAGUACAGAAUGCCGAGUUACUAGAGAACAAGUUUAAAAGGUAUAAUUUUCAGUUUUAUUAUUCUUUUAUCAUAUUGAGUGUCGUUGAGAUUUCUUUAAUGCCAGCAUCCACUGUGGUGUAAUCCUCAGCUACACCAGUCUGAGAUCAGUCAGUAUUAGUUCUGCAAUGCUAUUUUUGAAACUAGACUUCUUGAAAGCUGAAGCGCCGCUGAAAACUUUCUGUAUUGCUUGCAGAAGAAAAAAAAUCUGACAGUUUCAUAAGAAAACUUCUCUGGUGCCUAGAAACUAAUUUGGAGAAUUUCUAGCGUUUUGAAAGUUAGAUCUAUCAUUUUCUACAAUUAUUUGUUAAAGUCAUGGCUGACAUUUUUAGAAGUGACUUUGUAUUUUUUUUUUAACUGAUAAAUCAUCCAUCCUGGAGUUUUGUGUUUGUUUAAAUAUAACAAACUGUAUAGAGCUUAAUAGUACUCACAGUGUUGUACUACUCACUGCUUAGAUGUUUUAAUGUGAAUGUUGUAAUUUCCUUUGUGUUUUAAUUUGCUCACAGAAACAUUAUUCAAGAUGUUCCAGUCACUUAAAAGAACUUAUGCUAUAUCUACUUAAAAAUCUCUAUUUAGAUUUUAUGAGAGUAUUAAAGUUGCAAGUUAACAUUGAUGUUCACUCAUCUUCAUUGGAGUACAGAGUAAUUGAAUUUCUCACAAAAUUUUUGCAACAGUUAAUGAAAUAUUUUGCCAAAUAAAUGGUGAUUUUUUAGUCCUCUCUUUAAAGACUUCAAUAAACUAGUAAGUGAAUUUAAUAAAUUAAUUAAAAAAUACGAAUUUGUUUUCUAUGCUAAGACUCUAACACGCACAGGUUCUUAUGCUAUAAUAAAAGGAAAUUUCCUCUCAUAGGAAUGUUUUUAGGGAAUUUUUCUCCUUUCUGCACUAUAUUUCAGUGUGUGGGUUUGUGUUAAAUACUAGAAAUAAAAUAAUGAAAUUUUUUUUAAAAAAAGAGAAAACAAGGUCAUAACCUCAUACAAAUAAGAACUUAAAUGUGUCAAAGUGUAGCUGGAGUUUUCCUGCCUGGCCCACAGUCAGGACAAAUCUUUCUCACCUGCCAGUCCCACAGCCGCUCAGACCCGACCAAGUAAACACAGAGACUUAUAUUGGUUACAAACUGUAUGGCCGUGGCAGGCUUCUUGCUAACUGUUCUUACAGCUUAAAUUAAUCCAUUUCUAUUAGUCUGUACCUUGCCACAUGGCUCGUGGCUUACCGGCAUCUUCACAUGCUGUUUCUCAUCGUGGUGGCUGGCAGUGUCUCUCUGACUCAGCCUUCCACUUCCCAGCUUUAUUCUCCUCCUUGUCCUGCCUACACUUCCUGCCUAGCCAAUGGCCAAUCAGUGUUUUAUUUAUUGACUAAUUAGCAACACAUUUGUCAUACAGAACAUCCCACAGCAUCAAAGAUUUUGUUUAACUCAAUCACUAAUGAUGGAACCAGUAAUAUGUCAUAAUUAUUCAAAGGAGAAUUUAAAACACCAUAUGUGCUUGAGAAUAUAAAAAUAUAAGCAAAUAUACAAAAUAUUGUGUUUAAGAAUGCUAAUCAAAUGUAUUUACUGAUAAAAGUAAGCAAAACUGUAAAUACUACACACCCAGAAGAGAUAGGCAUUAAAAUAUUAUGCUAAUACUGAUAUAGAAUUAAAAAUAACACAAGGCUCACAUAAAGGAAAAUGCUUACAUUUAGCAAAAUUACUCCCAUAGUAUUUUGAACUAUUCAGUUGGAAAAGGUUAAAAUAUAACAGAACCAACUAGGCAGAUCACAUACUGCUCAACCCAUUUUGAAACUAUUACCUCUGAAGUUAAUCAUUUGUAAAAAUAAAUCUCUGAGUGUGAUGCCUAAUAACAAAUGCUAAUGCAUACACAAAGUGAAGUUAACAUUGUUAUAGCUGAGAUUAUAUUAUUACAUUAUAAAACAUAUUUAAGUCUACCAACUGUUCCAAACAUACACUAUUCCGGAAGCACACUGGGGAUGUUAGAGUAUGAGAUGAAAUUCCUCCAGACAGAUUCUACCAUUUACAUGGUAUCUGACAAUCUAAUAUGUUACAGUUAUGCUUUAAUUAAAAAAUUUAAUCAGUACACACAGUGAUAGGUUUAAUUUUCAAAUAAAAUUUUGAUUCUCCUCCCCCGUAUCCUUACCCACAUUCCUGCCUUACCCCACCCCUUGUACCCUUCUAGCUUCCUUUCUGCUCUCACGUCACAAUUGUCCCCCUUCCUGGACACUCUUUUUCCUCUCCCAACUUCCUUGUUAGUGUCUUAGUCUAUAGACACACUCACACCUAUUUAUGCACACACAGGUAGACAUUAAAAGCUAAGAUUUGUGUAUAAAAGAGAUUAUGUAGUUUUGUUUAUGAUCUUGGUUACCUACUCGAUGUAAUACUUUCCAGGUCCAUCAAUCUCCUUUCAUUAUUUUUCUUUUCCUUACAGCAGAAUAAAAAUUCAGUCGUGCAUAUAUACUACAUUUUCUUCGUUCACUUAUCUAUCGGUGGACAUCUAGGUUGGUUCCAUUUCCUUGCUUACAAAUAAUGUGUUAAGGAACAUGGAAGCAUGAGUUCCUCUGUGAUAAGAUAUAGAGCCUUCUGGCUAUGUAUCAGGAGUGAUAUAGCUGGAUCAUGGGGACUUUCUGUAUUUAAUGAUUGAAGAGUAAUCCACACUGAGUUUCACAAUGCUGUACUAUGACAGUGCACUCCCAUGACAGGAACAGUUCCGUGUAAGCAGGAAAAUCUUUGCACGAUGUUGCUUUGUUUUGAAUCUACAGAAACUACAAUUCAAAUUACACGAACAAAUUUACAACGUGGUUUACAGCAGAUGCAGCUAUUAAAAAAGUUGUUGAAUUAAAUCUGGUUUCAUCUCUCUUAUAAUUACAAAAUGAAAUGGUUUAUGUUCCAACUGGAGAGCAUUUCAAAAUCCCUCAGUUGACCAGAAACAACCCCUCCCUUGGAUCAAAAUUAACAUGCUAGUUUCCAAAAGUUUUGUAAACAUUUACCUCAGCUUACAGCAUGCAGGAGCAAAGGGUGGAAACAAACAUCGAAGGCCUAGUCACUUGUGUCUCAUUUUGUCCCAUGGGGAGCAUGUGCACUACUUGUAUAUGUGUGGUCCUGAGUUUCCAUCUGCUGAGUGCCAAGAGCUCCAGAAGCUGCGUGCUUCUGGCUGCACAUCCAGGCUACCAAAGGAAUAUAUACUCAGUGAACAAAGAAUUCAUUGCCACCCAGGAACCCAGGGAUUCCCUUCUUUUUCUUUGCUCUGCUUCCUUUUUUUGUUGUUUUUCUUUAUGCACAUCAUCAUCAUCAUCAUUUUAUUUUUGUUACAAAAUACAAUGCCUGGUGAUCCAGGUCUAUAUGCUCUGGUCAUUUUUAUAGACUGCAGUUUGUUUAUGUUCUGUAAUUGACACAUGCUCCUUAAAUUCAGGCUAACAUAUAUUCUAGUUUGUUUAAGAAUUUAGAUGUGUUUUCUUUCAGCCCUGACAUCUGUCCUGGUUCAGCAUUUGUAGUUCUAGCAUUAGAACCAUGGUAAGAAAAAUGGAGAGAGGCUUUGGCUUUGUUUUUGCAUUUACUAUUCUCAACUUUGGGCUUGCUUUGGCUUGGUAUUUCUUCCUGUGAUGAGAAGUGAUCAGAAUCAAGGAAACAGGUCUCCCUAGAGCAUAAGUCUGAACUUGUGAGCAUAUCCUAGACCACUAGACUCCAAAUGUUCCAACCCAGUGGCUUUUGCUCAUAGAGAUAUGAUAUGAAGUUUUAGCUGAAAUUUCCUUCCUGCUGAUGGGUCAUACAUCUUCUCUGACAACGCUUAGUUUUCAGGAAUGACCUGAGAAUGAGCAAAGGGACUUUCCAAAGGCCAGAGGGCAGCUUAUUCCCGAACUAGCAUACUUAUGUACAAUUCUCCAAGGAUUUUGAACUUUCUAAGAAUUCUAAAUUUGAAACUAAUUUUCCUGGGUGUUAAAAUUAUUUGCAAAGGGGAAAAUAGGAACUUAUUGAAUUGCCUUGUAGUUUUAUUUACAUGCUUGACACAUAAUAUGUAUGUAAUACGUAGGCUUAUAUUUAGACUCUUGCCUGAGAUAUCAAUACUAAGGAAGAGCCUUAGUACAUAUGUUAGAUAAUAGUAACUUGGUUUUCACAAAGCAUAUGUAUUCCCAUACUUACUUCUACUAAUCCUUUGUCCCAAGUUGAAAAGAAUAUUAAAUAGUUAAAUAUUCUCUUAUUUAAGUCAUAGGUUUUUCCAUGCUGCUAAUAUAUAUUGAAUUAUAUAAUAUAUUAAUUAUAAUAAUAUAUGUUACAUAUAUUAAACCUGACAUGUUGUUUUCAAUGGGUCAAACAUAAUAAUUCUUAGUGGUAAUAUCAAACCAGCUACUAUUUUACUAUUUUAUCAUUCUGUUGUUCAAAUAUUAUACCCAUGAAUCUUGAUGAAGUCUUUAAAGUAACUAAUUACAUGUGAUUUGUUAAAUAAAAUUACAAGAGAGUCCCUGCAGAAAUCAUGAGUUUCUUCCAUGGUCGCAUUUUAAAGUGUAGCUACACUGCUCUUUCAAUGAUCAUUUCAGAUUCUUUUCUCACAUGGAAACAAUAAAUAUAUGUUUCACUCUUAA